CUGUUACUCAGCGGAGCGGCCGAGGCCGACGACGGGCCGGGUGCGCGGAGCCGCCCUGGGUAACGGCCGUGGCGACCGCCCCGAAGGCGCCAGUCCCGCGGGCGGGCUUCCCAGUCGCCGUGCGCUGCGUUGGGGAAAGGACUGGAGUCUUUAUUUCCAGGAUUGGUCCGCCUCGCCACGGAGUAACCAAGGUGUCCGGGGCCGCGGGGGCUCAGGCUUCUUGGUGAAUAUUUGGAUGAAGCCAUUAAAUUAAUUGUUUGCCAUCAUGAGCAGAAGCAAGCGUGACAGCAAUUUUUAUAGUGUAGAGAUUGGAGAUUCCACAUUUACAGUCUUGAAACGAUAUCAGAAUUUAAAACCUAUAGGCUCAGGAGCUCAAGGAAUAGUAUGUGCAGCUUAUGAUGCCAUUCUUGAAAGAAAUGUUGCAAUCAAGAAGCUAAGCCGGCCAUUUCAAAAUCAGACUCAUGCUAAACGGGCUUACAGAGAGCUAGUUCUUAUGAAAUGUGUUAAUCACAAAAAUAUAAUUGGCCUUUUGAAUGUUUUCACACCACAGAAAUCCCUAGAAGAAUUUCAAGAUGUUUACAUAGUCAUGGAGCUCAUGGACGCAAAUCUUUGCCAAGUGAUUCAGAUGGAACUAGAUCAUGAAAGAAUGUCCUACCUUCUCUAUCAGAUGCUGUGUGGAAUCAAGCACCUUCACUCUGCUGGAAUUAUUCAUCGGGACUUAAAGCCCAGUAAUAUAGUGGUAAAAUCAGACUGCACUUUGAAGAUUCUUGACUUUGGACUGGCCAGGACUGCAGGAACUAGUUUUAUGAUGACACCUUAUGUAGUGACUCGCUACUACAGAGCACCUGAGGUCAUCCUAGGGAUGGGCUACAAAGAAAACGUUGACAUUUGGUCAGUUGGGUGCAUCAUGGGAGAAAUGAUCAAAGGUGGUGUUUUGUUCCCAGGUACAGAUCAUAUUGAUCAGUGGAAUAAAGUUAUUGAACAGCUUGGAACACCAUGCCCUGAAUUCAUGAAGAAACUACAGCCAACAGUAAGGACUUAUGUUGAAAACAGACCUAAAUAUGCUGGAUAUAGCUUUGAGAAACUCUUCCCCGAUGUACUUUUCCCAGCUGACUCAGAACACAACAAACUUAAAGCCAGUCAGGCAAGGGAUUUGUUAUCCAAAAUGCUGGUAAUUGAUGCAUCUAAAAGGAUCUCUGUAGAUGAAGCUCUCCAGCACCCAUAUAUCAAUGUCUGGUAUGAUCCUUCUGAAGCAGAAGCUCCACCACCAAAGAUACCUGACAAGCAGUUAGAUGAAAGGGAACAUACAAUAGAAGAGUGGAAAGAGUUAAUAUACAAAGAAGUUAUGGACUUGGAGGAGAGAACCAAGAAUGGAGUUAUACGGGGACAGCCCUCUCCUUUAGGUGCAGCAGUGAUCAAUGGCUCUCAGCAUCCAUCGUCGUCAUCAUCUGUCAAUGAUGUGUCUUCAAUGUCAACAGAUCCAACUUUGGCCUCAGAUACAGACAGCAGUUUAGAAGCAUCAGCUGGACCUCUGGGCUGCUGUAGAUGACUACUUGGGCCUUUGGGGGGUGGGGGGAUGGGGAGUCAUUUAGUCAUUGAUAGAACUACUUUGAAAACAAUUCAGUGGUCUUAUUUUUGAGUGAUUUUUCAAAAAUGUAGAAUUCAUUUUGUAGUAAAGUAGUUUAUUUUUUUUAAUUUCAAGUGAUGUAAUUUAAAACUUAAGUUGUGUUUUAAAACAGCAACAAAACUGUAUUGUAUUUUUGCUGUAAUUAACUGUAUAAUGUAAACCUAAUUAUUUUAUCAUGGUUUAAAAUUUUUGCAUAUUUGCUUUAUCUUAUGCUGCUGAUUUUUUUUUUUACUGAAUUUGUAAGAUUUUGUUUAAGCAAUUAUUAUGUGGUGACUUGCCUAUAUCAUGAAUUAUUUAAGAUUUUAUAGUUUUUUUAAUUAGAAUUUUAUUUUAAAUGUUUUGUUCAUGAUGCUAUCCUUCAGGGUUAUGUGCUUAUCAAUUAAAUAACCCCAGAGGAGUGAGGGAAAAUAACCUGUAGCCAGUUGUAUUCAGGAAUAACUACUGUAAAUGAUGAACGUGUUAAAAAAAACCUCCAAUAUUUGCUACUUGCCAAUCCUAAUUUAAUUAUAACAGUUGGUAGGCAUCCUACAAUUGUUCUUUGGCAAAAGUCCCAUCAUCUAAAUGGCAGAAUAACUUAGAGCAUGUCUUUGAAGAUGCUGGGUGUCUACCACCACCCUCCUAUUCCCCAAACCCACACAACAAAAGUAAAGUAAAAAGAAUAUGGUAUUUUCUACAAAUUUGUGGCAUGCUCAAAGCUUAUGAUUACAUAAAGUCAAGAGGAUACUUCAUGAAUAAUACAUUUCAAUGCAAAUAAACAGAUGGUUCACUUCUACUAGCUAUGAGCCUGUUUUUGUACACAGAGUUAAUCUACUCAGGCUGUAGGUCCCAGCAGUGGUCUAGAGUCUGGUCUUUCCCUUUCCUGCAGCCUCAGGCCCUUGGACCUUGGACCUUUUUGGUUUCCUAUCACAGUGUCAGUCAGGGGAGCACCAGUUCUCAAGGUGUUUCUGGCCAUUUGAUUCUAACUGUAGCAUAAUCAUAUUUAUACUAGCUGUUGGGAGGUUCCAAAGCCUACUUCAGUUUCUGUAGGUGAUGUAUCAAAUGAGCAAUAUACCGUUCAUCUGAAAAUAGUAGCACACAGCCAUAUAUAGGAUAUCAUUUUCUAAGGACUGUUUCUUCACAUUGAGCAGAGCAGGCAUAAGUAGUGGUUAUUUAGUCUGAGUCUUUGUUUUUUUAUACCUAAUUUUCAAUAAAACAUGCAAUGUGGA